GUGUAGGAGUCGGCCUACGAUGUUUCGGUUGAUGUGCUUUCAGAAGCUGUCAGUGACCAAGUGAGUGGGCUGGGAGUUGGACAUUCGAUGGGACUCUGAUGUGCCUCUCAGCUCACUUCUCCCUGUGCCGGCCUCAGCGAGGACCUGUGGGCACAACUACAGGUUUGCAAUUUGCGUUCGGUCUCGUGGUUAGCCUAAUUGCCCAGCUAAAUUGUUUCACCAACACUAUCACCGGGGCAGGUUCAGGCUAUUGCAGCUAAGAGAGCUAUGGUUGCAUGUCAAGUAUGCGUUUCUUUCCAUUUUUCUCAUCACUAAAUGUGCACAGCACAUCCAAUCCAUCUCAAAACGGAGCAGAAUCAAGUAGAUUCUUGCACGGCUCUUGCCAACAAGUCGCACUAUUACAAGGCCUCUAUUACCCGAAAGCAGCUCGCUUUUAAUACCCUCGCUAGCACUCAGCGACUGUAAGCUUACCUUCGUAUCAGAGAAUAUGGAGGCAACCCCUCACACGUACUGCUUCGAAGAUCCAAGAAGUUCCAUAGAAUUCAUUACUGGAAAGUGCAUUUAAACCAAAGCCCGUUAUAGCACUAGCUAUGCAGUAGUUGGACUCCCUGCAAACACUGAACGCACUUGGCACAGUUAAAGAAGCUGUUCUUCUCAUCAGAGACCAUCGAGGCAGCCCCCCGUAUUCCUCAUUAUGACCGCCCAACUCUCCAACAACCGCAGUGCGUCACAGUUCAUCAAAAUUAAGCGUCGCCAUAGUAGUCGCAGAGAUUAAUGGAGGGCAAGUGCGAGACUGAGAACUUGUACUUCUCGUAAUUAAGUCUGCCAAUUUGGUCCCGUGGAAAGAGCAAAUAUGGCAAAGAGUGGCAACAGUGCUGUGGGGGCCUUGCUGGCUUUGGCCCUCUUCCUCUUGCGACCCAUCGGCGGGAAUGCGCAGGCGUCCUCCGCGCUCGUGCCGGCCAUUAUAACCUUCGGCGACUCCACUGUCGAUGUGGGCAACAAUGACUACCUCAAGACCAUCUUCAAGGCGGACUUCCCUCCCUAUGGGAGGGACUUUAAGAACCAUAAGCCCACCGGGAGGUUCUGCAAUGGGAAGUUGGCUACAGACAUCACCGCUGACACCCUGGGAUUUUCCAGCUACCCAUCUGCUUAUCUUAGCCCAGAAGCAUCAGGAAAGAACCUUCUUAUCGGAGCCAAUUUUGCUUCUGCUGCGUCUGGUUAUUAUGAUGACACUGCUUACUUAUACCAUGCCAUUCCCUUGUCUCAGCAGUUGGAGUUCUACAAGGAGUACCAACACAAGCUUUCUCGAGUGGCUGGAACCAGUAAGGCAUCGUCCAUCAUCUCCGGCGCUCUCUACAUAGUGAGCACUGGAGCCAGCGACUUCGUGCAGAACUACUACAUCAACCCUCAUCUUUACGAGACCCUUUCACCGGAUCAGUUCUCCUCGUUCCUUGUGCACAUCUUCUGCAACUUCGUUAAGGAUCUCUAUGGCCUAGGUGCUCGAAAGAUUGGAGUGACUUCCUUGCCACCACUGGGUUGCCUUCCUGCGUCCAUCACGCUCUUCGGACAUGGCAGCAACGAAUGCGUGAGGCGACUCAACUCCGACGCACAGAACUUCAACAGGAAGCUCAAUACCGCAGCAGACUCGUUGGCGAAGCAGCUGCCUAACCUUAAGAUUGCCAUCUUCGACAUCUAUAAGCCUCUACAUGAUCUUGCCACCAAGCCUUCCGACUUCGGAUUCUUCGAGACCAGGAGAGGCUGCUGCGGGACGGGAACAGUGGAGACGACAUCGUUUCUGUGCAAUCCGCAUUCGGUCGGGACAUGCGCCAAUGCCACUGGCUAUGUGUUUUGGGACAGCGUCCAUCCAUCGGAAUCGGCAAACCAAGUGCUUGCCGAUUCCCUCAUUGCUCAGGGCAUCAACCUUAUUCUGUGAGGAAAGGGAGGGUGAGAGAUGCAGCAGUCCAUGUGUGUGUGUGUGUGUGUGUUCUGUUUCAGUAGCUCGUGUCGAGGAAAAAUAAGAUGUUCUGCUGAUAAACAAAUCUAUGACUGGUGGAGUUGUGAGAUGUUCAUUAAAAGGUCAAUUAAUAUAGUGCUCUGCAGUGACUUGGAUGCAAUGAUAUCUACAGUUUCUGGAAGAGCAAGCAUGCAAAAAGCAAGAAGGAUUGCAGAUGAGUUUCUGAAACCCGAUCGGAUUCUGUUGUUUCCAGCUAAAGCUGCUCUGUUAGAGGAUAAUGGAAGAUGAGUUUAAUUGAGUAAUGAUAAUUUUGUUUGUAAGAGAGUUGAGAAUACUGAAAGCUAGAUUUUAGUUAAGCAGAUAAGAUUCUUCUUUUUGUUCCUACUCCUACUGAUGUUUGGGUACCAAUUGAUUGGUAU